AUGGCAAAUUUGCCUUCAUUUUUGAUAUUAGAGAUCAAGAAUGUGAACAAGUACAAAAAAAAUUUGAACGAAAGUAUAAAUAGAAGGGAAAGGAUUAAACAUCUAGAAGAAUACUAUGAAGAACAUAUAAAUGAAACAUUACCAGAAGAUCAUCACAGAGCAGAUGUAACGUCAUUAAAUAGAAUGCUAGCUUAUUUUGAUGCUGUAAUGGCAGCUUGUGCAACAUUUCUUGCAAUUCCAUUAAAAAAUAUUGAACAUAAAGACCACAAUUCAUUUUCUGAUCACAUUCAUUUAAUUUCCGACAACCUUAUUGAAUACUUUGUUGGAUUUCAUAUUGUUCUUUCAAUUUGGGAAAACAUGAACACUCGAGCAAUUGUAAUAAAACGUGCGGAUGAUUAUGUUUUGGCAUUCGUCAUUUUUGAAAUAUUGGUAACUUCGUUUCUUCCUUUUUCGUUAGCUUUGCAAGGGCAUUACCCUCAUGAGAAAGUUUCAUUUUUAUCAACGUGCGUUGUGUUGGGAAUUCUUCAAAUAAUAGAUGUUGCUAUAGUUUUGUAUGCAAUUCAUUCACCAAAUCUACUUCAUGUUGAUUUAAAAAAUUGGACAAAGCUUGAACUCCGUGAAUUAACAUUCAUAAUGCUUUUUAGACCAUUAGUAAGCUUGCUUUUGCUUAUAAUUGCUGGUGCUUCCGUUCUUAUUCACUAUGGUGUGUCUUGGGCUUUUAUUGCACUGUUGAUCAUUGUACCAUUAAUACGCAAAUUUUAUUGGUUUGUUCGUAGACGUAUAAAUCACUUUGAAGAAACUGAAAAAAAUAUGUUUUUAGAGCAUUUUUCUAAGGGUAAUGUUCCCAAAGAACGAGUUGAAAUUAUGAGCGAUGCAGCUGUUGCCAUUGUUGCUUGUAUACUUAUACUCGAGAUAACGGAUGAAGGGUUUCCCACUAGAGAAGAUGUUAACAAACUUGGUCUUAGCAACAAGUUAAAUUAUAUGACUUCUGAAUUUUUAACGUAUAUUGCUUCAUUUUGCUUGGUUUCUGCUCUAUGCAAAGAUAAUAAAACAGAAAAUACAAGCAAAGAGAAAGAUUUGCAAGCUAAUUCCUUUUCUUCAUCUUGUAAUCUUGGUAGUUACGUGACGUAA